UGAACCAUUUAACUAGUUGCACGCAACAGCUGUUUAUACCAGAGUAUUGUUGUGAUUUUCAAUUCCAAGCCAUUUAACAGAUUAUGUCUAAUUUAUCGCACAAAUCCGCUACCAGCAAUACGCUGCUUGGGCCGCCACAGGGAGUGCCUUUACCGAGAGCCUCUGCUGGCCUUCAACUGCCCACCACAGCGCCGCAAAAGCUCAAAUCCAAUGCCGAUUGCUCGGGCUCAGCGACAGGCAAUCCGCGGAACAAAUGUGCACUAAAGCCAGGCUACUCGCUGAUGAGCUGGAUACGGCUGUGCAAUUCUGGGGAAGAUCUAUCGGGGACCGGAGGACGGGUGGUUCCAGUUACCAGAAGCGAAUUAGCUCUGCACAACAAGGUUACUGAUGCCUGGAUGGCCAUUCGUGGCAGAGUCUUUAAUGUUACUCGGUACAUGGAUUUUCAUCCGGGCGGAGUGGACGAGCUAAUGCGUGGAGUUGGCCAAGAUGCUACUACAUUGUUUGACAAGGUUCAUGCCUGGGUCAAUUAUCCACAGCUGCUGGGAAAAUGUUACGUAGGGCCGUUAAAGGAGAAUGCCCCUGGACCUUUGACGGAGACUGAUUCCCUCAAGACAGACACACGGGAUUCAAAGCCAGUAGAGAUUGUUCCUCGCUUCGAUUGGAUCCAACAAAGAAGCGAGCUUACCCUGUUCUUUUACACUCGAAGCUUCUCCAAUCCCGGACUGAUUGUGAGAAGAAAAGAUCCGCAGCAGCUGGUGGCGCGUGUUUUCCUGGAGAGCAGAUGGCACACGUUUGACUUACAGCUAGCAGGGAAGGUGGAGUGGCCACCGAAGGCCGUGCGAGUCGGGACUGAGACUGGAAAGAUCGAGCUGGUCUUGGCCAAAGAAGAGCCAGCUCCUUGGAGUUCUUACGGUACGCACACGUCACGCAAACUGGAUUCUCUUGACACACAAGAGGAAAUGUAUGAAUAUGAAGUGCUUGCCUCUAACGAUUUCAAUCACGACUCUUUUGAGCUGAGCUUACAGAGCGUUCAGAUGGAGGUAUUGAUGGUGCUACCAGUGGGCCAUCAUGUGAACAUACAAGUCCCUGUGAAUGGGGUUGAAAUCCAGCGGAGCUAUACGCCAGUCGAUCACAGUUAUUUGCCCUCCGAAACGAACUCCCUGGCGAGUUCUGUGAGCCUGCACUUUCUGAUUAAGCGAUAUACUAAUGGACCUGUAUCUAGUCACUUGCACCAACUGCAGCCAGGCUGUCGGUUACAUUUAAGCGCGCCUCGCGGCGGUUUUAUGCUCUCAGACAUAACCGCAAAUCGGAACAUCCUUCUACUGGCAGCUGGGAGCGGUCUGACACCUAUUUUAAAUAUAAUACCCCAUCUACUAAAGCGGAACACAAAUCGCAUCGAAUCCCUGCACCUGUACUACUUCAACAAAACUGAAGCGGACAUCUGGCUGAGGGACAAACUGCAGAAUCUGCAAACGCAGGACGAGCGCUUCAUCUGCACCCACAUACUGUCCCAGGCAGAGGAGCAGCCGCAACGAAUAUCGUCGGAGCUGCUGUCUCCUUUGUUCAAGGAAAAGCAGCCGGACAGGUGUACUUAUGCGGCGAUUUGUGGACCAACCUCCUUCAACACUGCUGCCGAAGAUGUUUUGAAGAGUCUAAAUGUUAAGCCGAAUCAAAUUCAUAUAUUCCGCGGCUAAAAUUAUCGUUUGACCAAAACUCAUUUUCAUUCACUUUAUUUGCUAUACAGCAAAUAGUUCAGAUUUUGGUUUUUUUUGUGAUUUUUACAUUUUUUUGUUUCAAUAAUUUAAUAAGUUUAACAAAUACUAGAAAAUGUUUGUUGGAUUUUUUUUUUUCUUUUGCUUAUUGCUAGGCAAAGCACAGCAAAGCUUCGUUCUGUUCUUAUCGUCGCAAUCGUCUCUCAGUAAAGCCAU